UGUGCCGCAGCAGCAGCAUUUGCAUUUGCUUUGUUCUGUAUGCGGUGUGCAGUGCACGGCCUGGCCUGCCUGGUAUCACUGCCACCGCCACCGCACCUCACCUCCUUGCAUUGGUUAUUAUCUAUUUAUUUAUUAUUUCAGUUCACGCACAGACACAGUGCAGUGCAUUCAAUCUCAAAUAAAAAGCCCUGCUACAGUGCUAGCAGUACUCGGAUCCACGACCUUCUCCCUCCCUCCGCUGCUGCUCCGUCAAGGAAGGGAGGAAAGAAAGGGCAGGGGAAUGGAGGUGGAGGAAGACGGCCGAGCCGCCCGAGUGCUGCUGAGCUCCCAGUGUCUCUGUCUCUGAUGAGGUUAGUACCUGCACUGCUCCGCCAUGCUCUCCGCCGCAUUCCUCACCCAGGCUUGCUCGCAGCUACUACUGUUGCUUUCGGCACUGGUCUGGCUGGCGGCUCUUGGCUGAGAAAUAUCAAAAACAUUGCCGCACCACCGUCCGCUGCGCUGCGGCUGGAUGGAGAUGGAUUCCGCCCCCCCCGCCCGCUUCCAGAUCCCAUCUCCGCCACCAAUUUAGAAAUGGACGCCCCGGAUUGGCCGCCCCCCCUCCUUCCCUUCAUUCCUUCCACCACCGCCGUCCAAGGAUGUUUUGGUGAACUCAAUCAACCGUCGAGGCGCUUCACGUUCCUUCCUUCCAGCUUCCACACGCAAAGGCAAAGCUCAGUACUCUACCUGCUUCGCAUCUCAGCAGCAGUGCUGUCAGAUGACUGGACUUAUUUGAUGCUCUUGCCGUUCUCGACUUGGGGCGCGAGCCGAUGGAUCUCCUCCGGAUGAAACUUCUCCUGCCCUCCUUCAUCAGCUGCCUUCUUCUGAUGCAGGCAGCACUAUGUGAUGGCGCCGCCGCCACCACCACCACCACCGGCGAAAACGGAACGGCAAACUGGACAUGUGUGUGCGCAGCUCAUCCUCUCGGUGAACCAGACUCCAACAGCAGCUUGCUGUCCAAUUGCUCUUCCUCCUGCCAUUGCCACCGAGCAGAUGAGAACGGCGGCGGCGGCGGCGGCGGCGCAGGCUCGUGGAACUGCACGUGUGCCUCUGGUGAUGAGGGCCUUCAGAAGGAAGAGCAUGCUGAGCUACGUGACGGGAGCUGUUUCACUUCCUGCAACUGCACGUCGGGUACUGGAACUUCAGAGGAAGGGAGAAAGCGUGUCUCAAGCAAAACAGUCAUAGCUACGCUCCUGGUCUGCGUGGUUCUCACCACCACCGCUUUCCUCGUCACCACCGUAUACUACUUCCGCCGCAAGGACGCCCUCUCUCCGCGAUCGCAGAUAUACUCCUUCGAUAGAUACACUACUAGCUGGAGCAGCAGGUCGAACCUCGUCAGCAGUCGAUCGUCUCCGCUUCCCCAGAUGAAACCCAAACCAAAGCUUGGUGGUCUGAAAGAGUUUCUGUGCAGCUGCAAUCUUGUCAUCUGUGGGGGAGAGAGCGGCGCAUUCCCCGGUGUCGUCGCCCGGUUCUCGUACGCAGAGCUGGAGCAAGCGACCGGGAGAUUCUCGGACGACCACCUUAUCGGAGUCGGUGGGUCAAGCAAGGUGUACCGCGGCCAGCUCGGCGAUGGCAGAGUCGUUGCCGUGAAGAAGCUUAGGCCGCUAGGAGGCACGGACGAAGACUUGGAGUUCCUGUCAGAGAUCGAGCUGCUGUCGAGGCUGAACCACUGCCACGUGGUGCCGUUGCUGGGGUACUGCUCGGAGAGCCAGGGCCGGCAGCUGGAGCGGCUGCUGGUGUUCGAGUGCAUGGCCAACGGCAACCUGAGGGACUGCCUAGACCUGAAGCGAGGGAGGAAGCCCAUGGACUGGCAGACGCGGGUGAGCGUCGCGCUCGGCGCCGCGAGGGGGCUGGAGUACCUGCACGAGGCGGCGGCGCCGCGCAUCCUCCACCGCGACAUCAAGUCCACCAACAUCCUCCUGGACGACAAGUUCAGAGCCAAGAUCACUGACCUCGGCAUGGCCAAGUGCCUGAUGAACGACGGCGUGACCAGCUGCUCGAGCUCCCCGGCGCGGAUGCUGGGCACGUUCGGCUACUUCGCACCGGAGUACGCCAUCGUGGGCAAGGCGUCGCUCAAGUCCGACGUCUUCAGCUUCGGCGUCGUUGUGCUGGAGCUCAUCACCGGCCGGCAGCCCAUCCACAAGUCGUCGUCGACGAGGGCCGACGAGAGCCUCGUACUCUGGGCGACGUCGCGGCUGCGGGACAGCGGGCUGGUGGUCACGGAGCUGCCGGACCCGACGCUGCAGGGCAAGUUCCCGGCGGAGGAGAUGCAGAUCAUGGCGCACCUGGCGCGGGAGUGCCUGCAGUGGGACCCCGAGGCCAGGCCCACCAUGACGGAGGUCGUGCACAUCCUCGCCACCAUCGCACCACUCCAGCACGGCGCCAAGCGUCGGAACCUUCCCAUCGCCACCGCCUUCAACCUCACGCCAUCGCCGCACGUCGGGCGGUGUGACCCGGAGCCUAAAGACGACGACAUCGAGAGGCAGAUGCAGCAGCAGGAGUGCUCGCCGACGACGGCUGUCCAGUGGCAACAACAACAAGCGCGCUGCACCCACGCGCCAACGGGCCGCGCGUCGUGGCCCGGCGACAGGGGGAACGUUGUGAGCAGAGGCGCGGCGGUGUCGGGCGAGCUGGUGAACGGGACGGUGCUGAUGAACCCCCACGGGCGGGGCAGCUGGCGGCGGCCGCCGCCGCUUGGCGACGAGGAGGCAGUGGACGUGGAUCUGACGGAGCCCCGGAUGGAGGCGUUCACGCAGCCGGCGGCGUUUCAGCCUUUCAGGUGACGGAAGGAUUAGGAUCAGGUGGUGGUGGUUCUGAUUGGUGCGGCGGCGGCGGGUGCUGCUGUACAUCUUCUUGUUCGUGCCUCCACGAUCCACACCAGGAUCAUCUGCUUCUGCAUCUGCGUUCAUGAAUGUACAGUACAGGCAAAUACAUCUAGAUUGGCAACGGGAAAAGAAAAGAAAGGCAUCGAGAUCGUUAUGGGAUAUAGGACCUAGAUUGAACACGAGAUCAAUGCAUGAAUCUGAAUCCACGGCGCGCGUCAUUGGACACAUCACUGUUGUACACAAGCAAACAGACAAUGAGUGUUCACAGAAGCAAAAAAUAUAAGACCGAGUUCAAUGCAUGAAUCUCAAAAGCAGCUCUUUUCA